AUGAUUGCUAAUUAAAGAGCCAUUUAAAAAAAGAGAAAUAUACAUAAUAUUAUUGAUAAUGAUGAUGAAAUUGGAGAAGUAGCAGAAUGGGCUGGAAUAUCAGCUGCUUAAGCAAAAGAUGAUGAUGAUUUUGAUAUUGAUAAUAAAUAGGUCUUUUAAUAAUCAACUGAUCAUGUUGAAUAAGCUAGAUAAAAAAUUAAUUAAAAAUUAAAUAAGAAAGGAACUAAUGUAAAUUAAAGAAAUGGACAUUUAUUAAAUAAUCUUAAAGACAAAGCAAAAACCAUAGCAUUAUAGAAUAAUUAAAACAAUAAUGAGACACCUAUUAAAUAAUAAUGUUAAUUUAGUGAGGAUGAAAAUGAGAAACCACGUAUUGAUAAAGGAGAAGAAAGUCCAGAUAAAAAAGUUUUUAGAUUGUCAGAAAGAAGUAUUGGUAAAAUUGAAGAAGAAUUCGAAUAAGCUAAUAAAGAGAGAAUAAUGGAUUUAGAAAAGAAGAAAAAUGAAAUCAAAUAGAUUAACUUUAUUGAAGCUUGGGAUAAAUUAAAAGGUUCUUAAGAUAUUAAAGACUAGAUUUAAUUUAUCUAAAAAAAGACAUCUUUUUUAGAUAAAUUAUUUGGAUGUUUCAGUAUACAUUUGAAAAGUAAUAGACUAAUUUAAGAAAAAAACCAAGUAUUAUAAUUCUAAACAAGGUUUGCUUAAUGUCGUAAUUAUCAUUUGAUGAUAAUAAUGAAUCUCAUUUUAGAAUUCUUUAUACAAUUUAUUGCCAAUUUAUGUCUACUGACUAUUGUUUAAGAUAUGGAUCUCAUUGGGAAAUGAUUGGAUUUUAGGGUGCAGAUCCAACUACUGAUCUUAGAGGAGCUGGUAUUCUUGGAUUAUUAUAAAUGCUUGCUUUCAUAUCAGAAUAUAAAAUAUAUAUAAAGUAAGCACUAAAGAUUUUUCAAGAUAUCAAAAUACCAUUUAGUAUUACUCUAAUAAAUAUUACAACAUUUGUUUUAGUUAGUCUAAAAGAUAAUAAAUUGAAUUAACUUAUUAAUAAAGAAGAUUCUGUUAUCAGUAUUGUAAAUAAAUUAUACUUUGCUGGUUUUCAUUUAUUAACAAAAAUUCUUAAGAAGUAUAUAUUAUUAAUAUAUUAUAAAAGGGAAGAAAUAACUUUUCAUACUAUAGGAAUUCAUUUGACAUAUAUAAGAAAAUAAAUUCAUGAAUAACCAUAGUAAUUAAUAAGAGAAUUUUAAUUAGAUAUUCAAAGAUUUUAUAAAAUAAAUAACAUUUGA